AUGCAGUGCACCCGCAGUGGAUCAAGCACGCCCAUGGGGAGAGAUCCGAAUUCGAGAUGGGUGCAGUGGCUCGCCCUCACCCGACGCAAUAACCCUGCAUGCUUGUCAGGCGCAGUGUCGUCGCCGACUUCCUCAACCUCCUCGCUGCCCAUGGCUUGCUCCAACCUCGGUGACAGCGGCCGUGUUCGCUCGCGCAGCAGCGCAACCAGUUACUUUGCCCUGCUCUCCGCCGCCGCGGACGCCCACCAGCGACAGGAUGGCCGCAAGCAGCACUACAGUGGCAGUGGCACGUCCACGGCCGGGCACAUGGACUCCUCGUGGGUUGCCUGGCUCAAUGAACGCAGCCUCCAGUUCCAGGGUGGAGGACCUGUCGGGGACCCGAUGCAGAGUAUGCCAUGCACAGGACACUACGCCUCCAAACCACCAGUGCAAUCGCCAUGCUGCUUCCCCGACAGCACCGCCAUGCCCAGCUCCCCUUUCCACAUAUCCGCCUUCACCACUCCUACUCCUCCGUCCAUGGACUCCGGCGCGGAAACGCCAUUCCCCUCGCCGCUGGCUCCCCUCACAGACGCAGACUUGGACGCCCUGAGCCAGCAAUUCCCCGACUUUCCCGACACCCCAGACGGAUUCCCCGUCUGCUUCACCGAUUCAAUGGCCGAAACGGACCCGUUUGAUCCGGCGGAGCUAGGCGCGGGCUUGCUUACCUGGCUAGACGAGCAGCAUGCGUUCGCGUUUGAUCUGGGCGAGGAUGCGCCUGUUAGUCCGAGCAAGCGGGGCCUGAAUCUGGAGGGUUAUCCGGCCGAAAUGUCCGCGUAG